AUGGAAGAUAUUGAUUUGCUCCAGGAGAAUGUUGAAAUCAAAGUUAGGAAUGGUAGAAGGAUUAUGUUUUGGGAGGAUGCCUGGAAGGGUAGUUAUUGUCUUAAAGACAAAUAUCCGAGAUUAUUUAGUAUUUCUAUUGAUAAAGGGGUAACAUUGAAAAAGAUGAUAGACAGAAAAGAUAGCUUGGCUGAUUGGAUUCUCAGGUUUCGAAGAAAUUUAAGGAUUUGGGAAGAUGAGGAAUUGAGAAUUUUGAAGGAUGAAUUAGGAUCUGGUCCAAGUCUCUGUUUGUUCAAUUUGGAUAGCAUCAGUUGGAAGGAGGGCAGUUCAGGGUGCUUCAGUGCAAAAGCAGCCUAUAAUUGGAGAAUAAAGUCAUUUGAUUUGUUGCAAAAGAUUGGGGUUGUUGAGUCUAAUGGGGGGCCAAGCUGUGUUCUAUGUAGAUCAGGGAAGGAAUCUUUAAAUCAUAUAAUGUUACAUUGUCCCUUUUCUUGGAAAGUAUGGUCCAGUAUCAUCAAAGGGUGGGGAGUGAAGUGGAUUAUUCCUGACAUAGUGGAACGCCUAUUUCAGUGGUGGAAUGGAUGGAAGUUUAAGAAAGGGGAAACGCAGAUUUGGAAAGCAAUACCAUUAGCGGUGUUGUGGUCAGUAUGGAAGCACAGAAAUGAUGUAAUUUUCAAUAAGGUGCAACCCAACAUGGAAGAGCUCUAUGAACUUAUUAAGGUUGUGUAUCAAGUGAGUGGGCAAUUGUGGGCUGCUGUUGAUCUAUGUGGGCAAUAUGGAUUGCAAGCUGCUAGUAUGCUGUGGUUGAAUCUGUUGUGUGAUUCUGGGCUGAUAGCAAAGGUUCAAGUGAAGCAGUGGGCGUGUCAAGUUCUGAGAUGCUGCAAGGAUUUCUGCAUAUCUUCACUAGUUAGCUCAUCAGAUGCUUGUAGGAAUGGUGGAUGA